CAGUCCAAGGCGAUGAUGGACGAGUUGAGGCCAAACCUGGUGGGUGUGGGGAACCUGUUAGGAGUAGGGGGCUUGUUGGAGGACCACCACGGCCAUCUGACCGGUUCUAGCAAUAACGUGGAUAAAGGGACUGCUAGGAAGUGCAAUAGUACCAGUGGGUCCUCAGCGGAGGACUUUAGUGCAAUAUACGGGGGUCUGCCCCAUUCUCAUGAGCAUCACGCACACACACCCGCCCAUACACCCCCAUCGGCCACCCGAUCGAUUACCGAUCACUCUGAUGGAGCUUUCAAAAAACUCAAACCCGAGCCACAAACUACAGGGAGCAGUUCAAUAGGCACCGUGUCACCUGGGGGACCUCAGCACGCCGGCCACACUCCGACCACGGCCUCGUGUCCGACGCCGGCGAGAAGAAGACACCGUACGACCUUCACGCAGGAGCAGCUGGCGGAAUUGGAAGCUGCCUUCGCUAAGAGUCACUACCCAGACAUAUACUGCAGGGAGGAGUUAGCUAGGAGUACGAAGUUGAAUGAAGCUAGGAUACAGGUGUGGUUCCAAAACAGGCGAGCCAAGUAUCGCAAGCAAGAGAAGCAACUCCAGAAGGCGCUGGCCCCCAGUGUACUGCCUGGCUGCAAUGGCGCCAUGAUGCGAAACAUCUAUCCGGGGGCGGCGAGGGGAUACCAGCCCUACCCACACCCCACGGCCAUCAAUAGAUACCCCCAGAUGAGUACGAGCUCAUAUCCAGGAAUGGCACAGUCGUUCUCAAUGUCCCACGGUACAAAUAUGAGCACAGUGGCUGGUAUGAGACAGGAUGCAAUGAGUAUGAGUGCAGAGGACGAAUGGUACAACAAAAGUCUAUCGGCCCUGAGGAUGAACUCCACCCACCACCCAAACUUAGCAGCCCCGAUGCUGCAAUACCAGACGUAA